AUGGAGAAUGAUUGUAGCAGGUAUGUGCAGAAAUUUCUAAAAUGUCAGAUACACGAAGAUUUGAUUCGAAUGACUGCACAUGAGCUUCAUGCAAUGAAUUCACCUUGGCCUUUUGUAGCUUGGGGUAUGGAUGUUAUCGGACCAAUAGAGCCGCUAGCAUCGAAUGGGCAUAGAUUUAUUUUGGUUUCCAUUGACUACUUUACUAAGUGGGUCGAAGCUGUUUCAUACAAAGCCAUCACUAAAAAAGUGGUUGCAGAUUUCGUCAAGAAUAACUUAAUUUGCCGAUUCAGAGUGCCGAAAUCGAUCAUUACUGAUAAUGGGGAAAACCUGAAUAGUCACUUGAUGAAUGAAAUUUGUGAUCAAUUUAAGAUUGUGCAUCGCAACUCGGCUGCAUACCAUCCUCAAAUGAAUGGAGUCGUGGAAGUUGCCAACAAGAAUAUUAAGAAGAUCUUGAGAAAAAUGGCCGAAAAUGAUAGAUUAUGGCAUGAGAUGUUACCACACGCCUUGCUAGGGUAUCGCACGAUGGUUUGA